AGGGUGCUCCCUCACCGGGAGCAUUCACGUGUACUGUAACAUUAUAGAUUCGUCUUUGAGCAUUACAUUACAAUUCUACCUCCCUGACGCUCCCUCACCGGGAGCAUUCACGUGUACUGUAACAUUAUAGAUUCGUCUUUGAGCAUUACAUUACAAUUCUACCUCCCUGACUGACGAGUAUUUGCGUGUAAUGUAAUAUUGAUUCGACUUUGAGCAUUUUCAGCAUUUCAUAGCAAGAUGUCAGACGAAGCGGUCGUUGUGCUGAGUGCGGCAAUAUUAAUUCGACAUUGUUAUUUACGUAAAAAAAAAACACAGAAGAAACGAUAUUGGUGUCAUGAAUUAUAUCAAAACCGGCAAAAUACAGGCGGUUUGGAUAUUUUAGAAAGAAUCAACCGACCCAUAAGUAAACUUAAAAUGUUUUUAAGAAUCUCUUCUUCGGAUUUUGAACACUUAAUAAAUCUCAUUGGACCAUAUGUUAAAAAAGAAGAUACUAAUUAUAGACAAGCAAUAACAGUGCAAGAAAGAUUAGCUGUUACGUUACGAUUUUACGCAUCUGGUGAUUCUUAUUCAAGCUUGCAGGUUACUUUUAGAAUGUCCAAUCAGAUUAUAAGUUGUAUUAUCAAAGAAGUGAGUGAAGCUAUAAUUGGAUGUUUAAAAGAAAAUAUACUGUUACCUAGCAUACCAGAUGGUUGGCUAAAUUUGGCUGAAAACUUCAAUAACCAGUGGAAUUUCCCUCAUUGUGUCGGCGCUAUAGAUGGCAAACAUGUAGUCCUGCAAGCCCCAUACAGAAGUGGAAGCGAUUACUAUAAUUUUAAAGGUUUUUUUAGUAUAGUUCUAUUUGCGGCUGUGGAUUCAAAUUACAAUAUAAUAUAUAUAAACUGUGGCUGUCAAGGGAGAAUCUCUGAUGGAGGAGUAUUUAAUAAUUGUAAUUUGUAUACUAAAAUGCAGAAUAAAUCUUUGAAUCUACCACAGCCAAGAGCAUUGCCGAUGCGGAACAAAGAAAUUCCUUAUUAUUUUAUUGGGGAUGAAGCUUUCGCAUUAUCAGAAAAUAUAAUGAAAGUGUAUUCAGGACAUCAUCGUAAAGGAACAAAGGAGAGAAUUUAUAAUUACAGACUUUGUAGAGCACGGAGAGUAGUCGAAAAUGUGUUUGGCAUUAUGUCAGCAGUUUUCCGAGUGUUGCGGAAACCCAUGUUAUUGCAACCAGAAAAUGCUACUUUAGUAGUUAAUGCCAUAGCACACCUACAUAACUUCUUACGAAGAAAUCGGCGAAGUAGGGAUUUGUACACACCUCCGGGAUCUUUUGACAGGGACAAUUUAGGAGUAAUCACACCAGGAUCUUGGAGGGCUGAUACCGAAGAAAAUGCUGGUUUAAUGGAUUUGGAUGAACAACAAGAAGCAGCACAAAUAGUUCCUCAAGAGAUACGUGAAGAAAUUAGUAAUUAUUGUUCGCAAGAAGGAGCAGUACCAUGGCAAAACGAAUAUGCUUAAUGUUUAUUAAUGUCCUGCUUUAUUUAGCCUUGAUAGGUUAAAAAAUAUUUAAAACCUGUGUAAACAGAUAUUAAAUGUAAUAUACAUAAUAUACUAACUG